UCAAACUCGCUGCAUUCAAAGCAUUCUUCAUCAGAUUAUGAGGACGAACUAUGCGCCACCUCCUACGUGGGCAUUGCGUUACUGCCUUCAAGCAUCCGAAGUGUACUCGCAUCUGGUGAAGAAAGCAGUUACGACGCUACGCUUUGCGAUCGACUGCAAGAUGGUUCGCCUGCUUUGGGCCCAUAUAUCAGUGAUGGUCCUCGAAUGGUCCUGGUAUUUAGCUCCAACGAGAAAGUCUCCGAUGGAGAUGGUCAAGUACCACUUGGAUUUCGAGCCAAAAUUCAGUUCAAAACAGGUGAGUUUUGA